AUGUUCACUUCAAAAUCCAACUCCGUAUCCCCUUCUCCAUCCAUGGAACAGGCAGAUUCAGAUGCUCUGGACAUCAGCACCAAAGUGCAGCUGUACGGAGUGCUCUGGAAGAGACCCUUUGGGAGGCAGUCAGCCAAAUGGUCCAGGAGGUUCUUCAUCAUUAAGGAAAGUUUCCUGCUCUACUACGCUGAGAGUGAGAAAAAGAGUUUUGAAAGCAAUAAAUACUUCAAUAUCCACCCCAAGGGUGUCAUACCUCUGGGAGGCUGCAUCGUGGAACCCAAAGAAGAGCCCAGCAUGCCUUAUGCCAUAAAGAUCUCUCAUGAAGACUUCCACGGUAAUAUUGUUCUAGCAGCUGAAUCGGAGUUUGAGCAGGGUCAGUGGCUGGAGAUGCUACAGGAAUCUGGAAAAGUGACAUGGAAGAACGCCCAGCUGGGAGAAGCAAUGAUCGAGAGCCUGGAAGCCCAAGGACUUCAGCUGGCCAAGGAGAAACAGGAGUACUUAGAUAAGCUGAUGGAAGAAACAGAAGAACUCUGUCUGCAGAGGGAGCAAAAAGAGGAACUUGAGCGUCUAAACCAGAUACUGGAAGCAGAGAAGCACCAGUUUGAAGAGGUGGUACGGGAACUGCGGCUGGAGCAGGAACAAAUCAGACGGGAGCUAGAGCUCACAGCCCACUCCCUUAAAGGAGUGGAAGAAGAAAAGAAAGAGUUGCGAAGCCUGACACAGUCUUUGCAGAAAACCCUGGAGGAGCUCUCGGUGGAAAAGCAGCGAACGCUGGAGAUGCUGGAAGAGAAUGAAAGUCAGCUCCCACCUCCAACCAGUCCCAGCAAAGAACAAAGCCCCAGCUGGGGGCUGCAUUGCAGCCUGCAACAAAUUGAAGAGAAGAUGCAGCAACUUCUGGAGGAGAAACUCCUGGCAGAGAAGAGGAUGAAGGAGAACGAGGAGCGGUCCCGAGCCCUGGAGCGGGAGCGGGAGUUUUAUUCUUCCCAGUCACAAGCACUGCAGCACUCGCUCUCAGAGCUGACUGCAGAAAAGCAGCAAACAGAGAGAGACCUCAAGGCUGAGGUGAAAGUGCGCAUGGAUCUGGAGAAGAGACUGAGGGAAGCUGAGGAAGCACUGCAGAGCUUGGAGCAAAGCUUAAAUUCUCUGGAUCGCAACCAGGAGAAAGAGGAGAAAAUGAAAGCAGAUGUCAGUAACUUGAGAAAGUUCUUUGAAGAGUGCAUCCGCAAUGCCGAGCUGGAGGCCAAGAUGCCCGUGAUCAUGAAGAACUCCGUGUACAUCCAUAAGGCUGCCACUCGACGCAUAAAAAGCUGCCGCCUUCACCGCCGGAGAGCUAGUGCUUCAUGGAAUGACUUGAAGCAGUCCCAGUCCUUCAUCUUUUCCCAGGCAGAAGCUGAUAGCAUUCAGGAGCUGAAGGAAGCAGCCAAAAGACUGAGCCAGGACCAGCACUUCCGGGAAACUCUCUAUCAAAUCAUGAGGUCACAAAAAGAUUCUGCCUCAGGGGAUGAAAAGUGACAACUGUUGGGAGAGGGCUUCUGAUCUCAACUUGCCAUUCAGCUCUGCAAAAAUUAAGUCAUUUGGCACUAGGGUCGGAAAGGAGAUUUGCCAUUUGGUGAGGAAAGCGAGGGAAAGUUGUGUGUAGGCAGUUCCCUCAGUAGACAGUGGCUUUGCUUUAGUUUGAACGCUCCCUGUAGCCUGGCAGGCCUGCUCUGCCAUUCUCUCCUGAUCACACCCAUUUGCUUCAGCUGCUUAUGUUAGGCUAUGUUUUGCCAAGAUACCACAGUCAGUGUUAAAGUGAACCACAGACCUUAGGAAAGGAAGAGGUGCUUUCUAUGCUAUCUAGUUUGUCUGCCAAACACAAGUUCUUCUGAGAAACCCCUUUAUUAGCCUAUGGUCCAAGUAGUGUAACCACCCCUGUUAGGCACAGCUUAUCUGCUCUGCCUGAUCCUCUCUAAGGAGUGGCGUGUUGCACAGCUCCAAUUAUCAGCACUUUACAGGAGCACCUUUCCUGAAGACCGCAGCAGUCCCAGCCUCCCAAGCACAUCAAUGAUAUCAGACACAAGACAACCUCCUGAUGCAACAGUGUUUCAAGCAAAUGAUAGCAGUGCAAGAUGGAGACAACCUGAUGAUGCUGUGAAUUUGGCUCACAGAAGGAUCAUAUGAGGAGAAGAGCUUUUAGGUAACUCAACUGCUUUGAUGCAGACUGCCUGUGCCUUCCCACACCGGGGCAGCUGGCUGUGUCACUGCCAGAGGAGGAGCAGCGCUGUGUGGAGAAGGCGUUACCUACCGACAGACACAGGGUGGAGAAGCCUUUGAUUCAGCUCUGAUGGCUUCCUCAUCUCCUCUGGAAAACCAGCUUUGGGACAGGUGGGUGAAACCCACGGCUACUUUGAGAAUUAAACGUUGUCCACAGCAAGCUGUGAGGCAGUACAGCUGUGGAGGAGUGGGAAGCCACCUCUGUGUGUGCUGCGGUAAACAGCCCAUGUCCCGGGCUUGGUACUGCUCCCUACCAAUCCUCUUAAUGGCAGCCCAGGCCAUCCUGAUCAAACUUGGACCUCUGGCAAGCUGAGCAAUAGUCAGGCUGGAACAGGAGAGGCACUGUGCACAGCUUAUUUGGAGGGAGGCUCGUAGCUGGCGUCCAUCCAUUUCCGAGUGCUCACCACAUGGUUACUGCAGGGGAGGAUUCGCUCUGCUUGUGGUUAUCUUGUAUGUUACAAAAGAGGAAUCAUUUUGUUGUGCAAACCUUACAGCCUCUCCCACCUUCUUUAAGCAAGUAGCUGGCUAUUAAUUGUCCGUGUCAUAGUAACAGCACUGUUUAGUGCUUACACAGUGACAAGCUCUACUGAGCAUCAGUAGAGUGACACUGUUAUCCCUGAGGCAUAAAUUGGGAAACAAAGGUAUAAAAGAUACAAAGGUGACCAAGUUAGCAGUAGAGGCACAGGUAGGGCUCAGGGGAUCUUCAGUGCAGAUUUACUGGGGCUUUGGGGGCUGCAUGCCUCACUAAUGCCCCUGGGUAUUGCAUAUACCCUCUGUGGCAAGUGACACUGGGGUGGCUGCUUAGCCACCCAUGCAGACUAUGAUGCUGUCCAGCCUCAGGCUUUGGCUUCUUGCCACCUCUGUCACUUCCUACCACUCCAGUGCUGUUUCUGGGAGGAAUUGGGGAUGAGACUGGGAAGGGGGGCCCUGAGCUGGCGGCCAGGGGAGAGGUAGGUGGAGGAGCAUUCGGGGAGGGUGCGCUGCCCCGAAGAGCAUGCCGAGAGCCCCCGGCGGGUGUGUGCGGCGUGGCCUGUGCGUUACUGUUCGCUUCAAUCAGUUACUGACUGAUAUCCUUCUGCCAGGCAACGGGAUGUUUUAAGUAACCAAAGCGCUAAAGGCUGACAUUUUGUAAUGACAAAGGAUGCAGUAGGAAAAGGAAAAUUUGCAUCUCUUCUUUAACACUCCUGAUCCUUCUGUGUUUCUCACUCAUGUCUUCCUGCUAGAACGUCACAAGGAAAUUUUGCUCCUACAGGGCUAAAUAGCUAUUAGAAAACCAUCUAGAGCCCGUUUUCCCCUUUACACCUUCCUAUCAACAUCUCUGGUUAUUUUCCAGUUACAAGAUCUUUAUUAUGUAAUACUGGAAGGGACAGAAAACAAGUACAGUCAGGGAGCGCAUCUGUAAUUUAGGCAGUUAAGAAAAAUCACCUUGUGACUUGUGAAUCUGUUACCAUCAAAUGCCACAAUAUCAGAUUUAUAGAAGUAUUGUACUCAGGAGAUAG